GGCGGGCGGAUCGCGUGGAAGCCUCCCGCUGCCGGAACAAAAGAAACAAUAAAAACAAAAAUGCCGCAAAAUCUCUAUAGCGGGGAAGUGGAUUCCUCCACAUCUGCCUGAUCUCUAACACACGCAUGUAACUCCCCGCCAUACACCGCAUAUAUUAAUGCUAAAUAUGCGCAGCAACCGGGCGCGAGUGGAAUGGGAUUAUGGUGGCACAGCCGCCGCUGCUCCUUCACAGCUGAUGCCGCUCGCUGGAAAGCUCGGGCUCUGCCGUGCCGCCUGUUUCACGAGGGAGCAACAAACACUGCCAGCAGCAGCAGCUUCAGUCACCACUUCUAUCUCGUCCUUUUUUUCCUCUUAGCCCCUCGGCAGUGCCGGCUAUGGAGGUAGUGGGGGAUUUCGAGUACAACAGGAAAGAUCUCAUAGGACACGGAGCCUUCGCUGUGGUCUUUAAAGGCCGCCACAGGAAGAAAGCGGAUUGGGAAGUAGCAGUGAAAUGUAUAAACAAGAAAAAUUUGUCAAAAUCUCAAAUCUUGCUGGGUAAAGAAAUAAAGAUAUUAAAGGAGCUUCAACAUGAAAACAUCGUUGCACUUUAUGAUGUUCAGGAGACUCCAAACUCUGUUCAUUUGGUGAUGGAGUACUGCAAUGGUGGUGACCUGGCAGAUUAUCUGCAAGUCAAAGGAACACUUAGUGAAGACACCAUUAGAAUCUUCCUCCAGCAGAUUGCAGCCGCGAUGCGAAUACUUCACAACAAGGGAAUAAUCCAUCGUGAUUUGAAACCACAGAAUAUCCUACUUUCUUAUGUUAGCCGGAAAAAGUCCAAUAUGAAUGGCAUUCGUGUCAAAAUAGCUGAUUUUGGCUUUGCGCGAUAUUUACAGAGUAACAUGAUGGCUGCCACACUCUGUGGUUCUCCCAUGUACAUGGCACCUGAGGUUAUCAUGUCACAACACUAUGAUGCUAAGGCAGAUCUCUGGAGUAUAGGCACUGUGAUAUUUCAGUGCCUUGUUGGCAAGCCUCCUUUCCAGGCAAACAGCCCACAGGAUUUAAGGCUCUUCUAUGAGAAGAACAAAAGUCUGGUCCCCAACAUCCCGAGUGAAACCUCUGUUCAUCUUGGUGAGCUUCUACUUGGCUUACUUCAGAGAAACCAGAAGGACAGGAUGGAUUUUGAAACAUUCUUCAACCAUCCUUUCAUGGAUCAGGCAUCAUCAGUCAAAAAAUCAUGCCCUGUGCCUGUGCCCACGUGCCCUGGUUCUGUGUCUGGUAGUUCUUGUGGCAGCUCUCCGUCCUGUCAUUUUGCCUCUCCUCCUUCAUUGCCAGACAUGCAGCGGAUACAGGAGGACACUCUGUCUUCCCCACCUUUGGGUCCUCCUAACUAUCUGCAGGUCUCCAAAGACUCUGCAAGCAGUGGCAGUAAGAACUCUUCAUGUGACACAGAUGACUUCGUUCUUGUUCCACAUAGCAUCUCCUCUGAUCAGUCAUAUGAUAUGCCAUUGGGAACAGUUGGCAGACGAGCUUCCAGUGAGUUCCUGAUGUGUGGAGGGCAGUCACCUUUAAACUCUUCAGUAGCACUGCAGAGACCUUCCUCAGCCUCAUCCAGGUCAAGCUCUCCUAGCUCAGCCAACAGGCCGUGUCCACCUCCGGUGUCCCCUCGCAUGGAGUCAGCUCCGAUUCCUGUCCCGACACAGGUCAGAAACUACCAACGGAUUGAACAGAACCUGCAUGUCAUUUCCGGCCACAACACUAAUCCCUAUGGAUCACCCAGGUCUGGAAUGGUAAAGAGAUCUAAUACAAGCCCAAUGGGUUUCAUGAAGCUUACAGGAGGGUCACCAGCUGCAGCUGAUGCACCACAAAACCCGGGCCGCAGACUCUCCACCGGAUCCUCCAGGCCAUACUCCCCUUCACCUUUAGUUGGCACGAUUCCUGAGCAGCUUAGCCACUGCUGCUGUGGUCUGCCCCCAGGACAUGACUCACGAUCCAGAACACCAUCAGGUUCACCAUCCCCUCAGUCACACUUAAUGGGUGCAAGACUCCAAAGUGCCCCGACUCUUACUGACAUCUACCAGAGCAAACAGAAACUCCGUAAGCAGCACUCAGAGCCGUUGUAUCCUCCGUCAGCGGGCUAUGGAUUUAGCCAUUCUCCACAACCUGGUAGACCUGUUAGCCUGGGUACUUCCCCUACAAAACAUAUGGGAACAUCUCCACGAACUUCUGACUGGCUCCACAAAUCUCCCUUGCCCACUAUCAUUGGGUCACCAACAAAGCAAGAGUUAACUGAGAGUCCAGCAGUACAGUCCAAAGUCAUGCUGGAGGCUAGAGAGUUGUGCAUCUACCAUCCACAAGCAAGUGCUAAACGAACAGCCUCUGAGAACAAAACUACUUUUGGCAGAUCUGUAAGUACUGGAAAAUUAUCUGAUCAAGCAACAAAGGCCACAUUUGGAGGGCAGACCUAUCAAGGAAGUACUGACAGUCUGAAUACUGAGCGUCCAAUGGAUAUAGCUCCAGCAGGCGCUUCUGGUUUGACGAUGGGAUCCCCUGCCGCAGUGGUAGGAGUGAGCCCAAGGACUGUGGUGUUCACUGUCGGCUCACCACCAAGUAGUGUCACCCCUCCCCACAGCAGUCACAUGGUCACCAGAGCAAGGACAAUGUCAGUUGGCUCGGGAAGCCCGCUGGGAUCUCUCUGCUCUAACAGUGGGCGAAUUUACAUGGGUUCCCCGCCAGGUGGUUCAAUGGGCACCUCCCCUCCCGGAGCAGAGGCUCCCUCCAGUUUGAAGUACAUGACAUUUGGAACCUCGCCUCCCAGUUUGGAAGGAUUCAUCACAUUUGAAGCUCCGGAACUUCCAGAAGAGACUUUAAUGGAGAGAGAGCAUACGGAUACGUUACGCCAUCUGAAUACGAUGCUGAUGUUUGCAGAGUGCAUUAUGGACAUUGCAGCAAUGAAAGGAGGUAGCUUAGACCUGGGGACCUCUGCUGCCUCUCUGUACCAAAUCCAGGAGAGCAUCGUGGUCGACCAGAUCAGCCGCCUCAGCAAGGAGUGGGGACAAGUGGAGCAGCUGGUGCUAUACAUGAAAGGAGCACAACUUCUGGCGUCAUCUUUGCACCUUGCCAAAGACCGGGUUAAAUCAGGCAAGCUGAACCCAUCCACGGCAGUUAAGCAAGUUGUUAAAAAUCUGAAUGAACGUUACAAGUGUUGCAUCUCGUUUUGCAAGAAACUUACUGAGAAACUGAAUCGCUUCUUCUCCGACAAGCAGAGGUUUGUGGAUGAAAUCAACAGUGUCACUGCAGAGAAACUGAUCUACAGCUACGCCGUAGAAAUGGUGCAGUCAGCAGCAUUGGACGAAAUGUUCCAGCAAACAGAAGACAUUACAUACCGGUACCAUAAAGCAGCAUUGCUGUUGGAAGGCUUGACAAAGACACUACAAGAUCCUGCAGAUAUUGACAACAUCCUCAAAUACAAAGCCAACAUUGAGCGCAGACUCUCAGCUCUGUGUCAUACCACAGUGGCUUUGUACGACAACUAGCCUUCCGGAAUGGACCACAUGCAACAACGCAGGGACCACCGCCUCUCCUAGAAUCUUGGAGUUGCCUUUUUCCCCAACCCUGCUCCCAACAACCCACCCACCCGUUAUUUGGAAAACGGUCCAUGCUGGGUUUGUCUUGUUCUCCGCUGCCUAUGCCAACCCACCAGGUGAAGAACGAUCAAUUUUUGUUUUAGAAGAGUUACCAAAGAGGAGUUCUUGUUUCAAGAGAAAGGAAAUGUAUGUAUAAAUACAGAUUAAUACUUCUGAAAGCCCUCUCAGACAUGUAGCAUAUUCUUUCAUUUCAGUUUACCUUAAAGAGGUAACGUGUGGAGCAGUGACUGCUUCUGGCUGCCAAAGCCACCCGAUUGCUGGAAUUUGUUAAGAAAAGCACAGGAAUGAAGCUGAAGCCUGUACUCCACGUUCAUCGCAAACUCGAGGGGUACUUGGAAAAGUGUGUUCAGAAUAAACAACAAGGUUUACAAAGGAACCUUGUGCCCUGUCUGUUGUACAUGGGUCACGCUGACAGAUUGGACUCCUGUCACUGAAACUAUAUUAGCUUUUUAUAAGAGACACUAAUGGUGUGAUAAGUGAAUAGAUGUUACUUACGGAAUUUGUAUGUUUUACCACGAUCCUUGCACAGCCGUUCAGAGGCACGCGGUGCCUUGUGUCUUCAGAUGUUUCAUCAAAUUCCCCUCCACCCACAAACUGAUGAUGGAGAAGAGCACUUUAUGUGACUGAGAAGUUAACAAAAGGACAGUAAGAGAAGGAGUAGCCCACCCCAUCACAUAAACUGCAAACCAGAUGCCACACUGGAUGGACUGGAGAGAGGGGACUAUUUAUUUUUUUGUGUAGCUCCCUGAGCAGGAGUUUCUGAAACGGCGAAGACUGUGCUCCUAUAGACAACCACUUCUGAUUGCACUACUAUGGACCUUUCAUAACAUUAUGCAGAACUCCUCACAGAAUGGAGCAUCUGAAAAGGAAUGGAGAAGAGUUCAUGAACAGUAAUGGAAAAGAGUAAACCAUCCUGGUAGUAUAAGCUCCAAAGGCAUUCAACAGAGGACAUUUUAACGUUUGCUUUGGAGCCAAAAGCACAGAGUGCUUGACACUUCAACGCAAAAGACUGCAAAAAAAAAAUAGCCUGUAUUAUUACAAGCCUUUCCAUUUUUUUUACAUAUUAAAUACUUGAGUAGUUCAUAUAGAGCAACUAUCUGUAUAUAAUGAAACUAGUAUUUUUCCUCUUAUUUUGCCAUUGAUUGCUGACUUUUAAACAAUAUUUUUGGCUGUCUUUAUGUUAUGCAUGUGAUAAGUGUGACUGUGCCAUUGAGCCUAAUAAUGCUGAUGAUGCUGUUUCUGCAGACAGUAUUAUGUAGAUAAGCAUUUUUCCUGUAGAUUGAGAACCUAUUGUACAGACUAACAUAAUCCUUGGGUAUUUUCAGGGGUGGAAAAAAGUAUUGCGACUCUGGUUACCAAUCCAACAAGCACAAUCAUCUCUGUAUUAUGUGUGAUUGAGUCAGGAUGAAUCAGGAUCAGUCUUGGGUAGCUGUGUGGAGGACUACAGCUUGAGCUAGCUAAUGUAACUUACAGAAGAAGUUUCUAAGAGUAGUGAUUAUAAAUUUUAUUUCUUUAAAUAGUAGCUUAGGAAAGGAAUAGACUUUCGUGAUAUGUGAUUCUCAGGUUGGGAAUGGGAAGUGUUCAACUAUUCUGUUUCUUCACUUUCCCCCGUGCAUCAACUCUUACCUUUUGAAAUUGGGUUCUUGGUGAUUUGUAGACUCAGUGGCCACUUUGUUAGGUACAGUGAUGUACCCAAACACAGCAGCAGAAUACCACACUGAGUUCCACUCCCGUUCCGCUCCUGUGGAUCCCGGUGUGGUCUGCUGCUGCUGUAGCCCAAUCACUGAGAAGUUCGACGUGUUGUGAGUUCAGAGAUACUCUAACGUACACCGCUGUUGUAACACCAUCUUGUCAGCUUGAACCAGUCUGGCCAUUCUCCUCUGACGUCCCUCAUUAACAAGGCGUUUUCACCCACAGAACUGCCGCUCACUGGAUUUUUUUUUUUGUUUGUUUUGUUUUUCACACCGUUCUCUGUAAACUCUAGAGAUUGUUGUGCCUGAAAAUCCCAAGAGAUCAGCAGUUUCUGAGAUACUCAAACCACCCCAUCUGGCACCAACAAUCAUUCCACGAUAAAAAUCACUUGGAUCACAUUUCUUCCCCAUUCUGAUGUUUGGUCUGAACAACAGCUGAACCUCUUGACUAUGUCAGCUUGCUAUUCUACAUUGAAUUGCUGCCAUGUGAUUAGCUGAUCAGAUAUUUGCGUUAGCAGGCAGAUGUUCAAGUGUACCUAAUAAAAAGUGACCACUGAAUGUAUACCGUUGUUUAACUGCCCCAACAGACCAGAAACAGCAUUCACCACUGCACGCAGAACAACCUCUCCAACAUUCUGUUCCAGAGCUUUUCAAUAUUUUUUCCACCCUUGGGCAUUUUUGUUCUCCAUUUUUUUAAAAUGUUUCUCAGCUGCUCAAGUACUUGAAUAUUAAACAUUAACAAUCAUGUUUAAUUUCCCAGAGACAGUUUGUGGAAAUAUUUCCAAUGUAGCAAUGAAUUUGGCUUGUUUAUGAAGCUUGUCACCCAUUUCAUUCCCUCCCCCCACACACACUUUAUAUUAUGAAAAGUAACCAAUGUGUACAUUUAUUUAUCUGUAAGCGAUUCCAUUAAUUUUGAAGACUUUUUAUUUAUAAAAUAUUUGUACUAUUAGAUCUUUAAUAGUGUUUCUACCUCUCAUUGUGUAUAACAGCAUGCAUACUCUUUAAGAAAUCAGGUUGCAGACAGUCAUUUGUUAUGUAGCAGCCUUUUUAAUAUGGCCUGUAUAGAUGUACAUUAAAAGGCAGAAAUAAAAUUGACCUGGAAUAUUAAUAGGUUGACUUAUAUUGAUUUGCUUUGAGCAGUGAGUGUUCUAGUUACAUUUUACUGGCUUGACACCAUAUAUUUCUCGAUUCAGAGGGCAUAUUUUCAUAGGAGUAGAAUUAGGCCAUUUUGGCCCAUCGUGUCUGCUCCACCAUUCCAUGAUGGCUGAUUUAUUUUCCCUCUCAACCCAUUCUCCUGUCUUUUUCCCAUAACCUUUGAUAUCCUAACUAAUCAAUUACCUAUCCACCUCAGUUUUAAGUAUACCAGAUGACUUGGCCUCCUCAGCUGCCUGUGGCAAUGGCCUGUAAGGAGUUUGUACGUUCUCCCCGUGACCACGUGGGUUUCCUCCGGGUGAUCCAGUUUCCUCCCACAGUCCAAAGGAGUACUGGUUGGUAGGUUAAUUGGUCAUUGUAACUUGUCCCGUGGUUAGACUCGGGUUAAAUCGGGUUGCUGGGCAGCUCGGCUCAAAGGGCUGGAAGGGCCU